CCCCAGCUUACCAUCUGACUGGAUUUUAAACUCGUGUUAUUCACGGGGAACGCAUUUUCAUUUCGAUGUCAACCUGAUACUUUACCACAUAUCCUAUAUCGUUAGACUUCCCGAAUAUUGCUUUCAUUUACCACAUCCCGCUGAUAGUCAUACUCUGUUUGCCCGGCGGCUGCAACCUGAUCAACACGAAUGGCCCGGCAGCGAGGUCUAUAACUUUGGCCUCAAUUUCUUGCUAUAUAGUUAGGCCAAAAUGACGGUCCUGCCUUCCCGUUCAUAUUCGAAAAGGCAUGUCGAGCGCCAAUUACAUUCACGGCAGAACGGGCCAUCUGGAGGCGGCGGCGGAGGAGGAUUCAGCGGAAGUGCUGUUACCAUUGGAAUUGUCGCAGCCAUAGUCUUCGUCAUCACAGCUUCCAUAUUACUAUACUCCUUCCUUCGAAAAUGGAAGCUCCAGGGCAAGAGUCCACGCUACAUCCCCACGAAGUUCUUGAAAAAGAAAUGGCAGACAUGGCAGCCUGGAGGGAAAUACUCGGCCGUGCGCAACCGAGAUCUAUCGUCUACCAACACAGCCUACACCGGGAACAACAUCAAUGGCCCUGGGUCGGGAGCGGGCGUUGACCGUAACACCAGCGUCAGAAGUGUCAUUACCUUACCCGCCUACUCCCGAACACCCCAAGAUACCGAGCAGGUCAUUGCCCGUGAAGGCGAAAGAGCCGGCAUGGAUACGGUCGUUGAGUUCCCCGAGACUGUAGAUGAAGAGGAAACACGUCGUGAAGAACAAAUGGAAUCCCUCUACCAGAUCCGGGUCGCCCGGCGCCGCGAGGUAGCAGAACGGGAGGAGCGCAGGCGUGAAAGGAGAGAAGCUCGAGAAAGAGGAGACAAUACGCGGCUAGAAGAGCUGAGACGGGAGUCUCGUCAGCGCGCCAGUGAAAGUACUGCCUCUCUCAACGGUGGUGUCAGCGUCUCAGCCGCAACUCUAAUUGCCGAACAUCAAUCCCGCGGGCGUGACAGCAGAAUAGCGAGCGUCGCCUACGGGUCGCUGGGCGAAGUACGGCAUGACGGCACUCGCAUUCGUGCAAACAGCAAUGAAUCAGAAAGAGGCGGAUUGCUGAACGGAGCUGCACCCAUGGGCGAGGGAGGCGGUCGGCCUCGAUUAUAUUCAGAUGCCACAUCGAUCACGACAAUGUCUCGGCAGCGUACUCGAGAUCGAUCAGUAAGCGACCUCAGUGUAUCGACCGCAGGUUCGGAAGCGGACCGGCAGCCCACCCCAGGCUCGACCAUUGCAGGCGAUGGUCCUCGACCGCGGAGCUCACAGAGCGAUGAGCCUCAAAGUGGGACUUCCAACUCUUCACCAACCGCAAACAGAUAUACGCCGGACGAGAGUACGGGGUCUGAAGACAUCGGAGAGUCACGAAUCCCACACGCAGAUCCUGAUCCGGCAGCUCAACCGCCGGAGUAUGAUGUCCUUGAAUGGGGUGAUGCACCUUCGUAUGAGGCUGCUGUCGCUCGGGCUGCUAGUAAUGCUACUGCUCGAACGGCUGGACUUCCAAGCAGAAUCCCGAGUCAAGCUCCUCGAUUGCCCCAACUCAAUCUGCCCAGCAUUAGCGUCUCUGGUGCUACGGAGCCAAACACGCCGGUGUCGGCAGGGCCGGAGACGGCUUUGCGCUCACCACAUGAGAGCUGACGAGGCUAAUGCGGAUGGUGCUGAGACUGGACGCGACAGCUAUACAGAUCUCGCGCUGUAACAAGACAUUUGCAGCAAUUUGGCGCUCUAGACAGUUCGGCUUGCCAUAUGAUGGAUACAAAGACUAUGUGUGAGGUGGAACGAGCAUGACUAUAUGAUUGGAAUAUUGCAUCAAGCAUGGCGUUGGAGGGAAAUGGUUGAUCGUAAAUAUGGGCAUUAGGGAUUGCUAAUGUUAGUGUAUCAAGCAAAAGCUCUGGCCGACGGAUGGCUGGACGUUCAAACACAACGAAGAGAAAUAUGUGAUCUUCAUGCAACUUCCAUUGCAGCUUGAACGUGCUGGCACAUGCUCUGCCUGGU